UAAAAUUGCAGUUUUCUUUUGUUGUUGGUUUUUCCUCCGUGUUUAAUGUCGAGUGCGUAAUAGCUGUUGGCACUGUUGUUCCAUCGCUGAACAAAUUCUAGGAAAAUGCCAGAUUCAAGACAACGGGUUUUGAGGCAUUGUACGAUAGUUAUAUGUGAUACUGUGACUCCGCGAUGUUUCACCUCGGAAAACGAAACCUUCUUCCGCUUCGCUGGAGCAAUGACCGGUCAUCAUGUUACACCUGUGCGCAAUGGUGCAGUAAAUUAAACACACGAGGCAUUCUUUAUGGACGCAGAGCAGAUGCACCUUCCUGCUUGUUAUAAAAUAGAUUCGCGUCUCAAGUCUGCUUCAAAAAAGUUUCGUUCGGCGCUGCUGUUGGUCUGUCAUUGAACCCUGGAUGCCUCAAGCUGAGCGGGUCACAGCGUUGGAAGAACCCGUCUGUGAGAACGAGUUACCACAGUUCCUGGGACACUAACGCUGUGCUACUUGAGAUUAAAAGAAGAGAGUAAGAACACGGGGAAAAGUGGAAACGAAAACGUGUGGUGAAUUAUUAGCCCAUCUCACGUUCUUCGACAACUAGACUUCUAGAUGUCAGAGGGCUCAUUGCCGUUAUUUGGCUGAAACGUAGAGAGUGCGCUCAACUGCAGUGAAAUCCGUAACAGGUGUCCUGAGGAUGGAAGCGUGGAGAGGGAGUGUGAUGGCGUGCUUGGCCUUAGCGACCGUCGUGCUGACAGACGCCGAGGACCUAGCAACGUACGACCAGCGACAGACGGGGGAACUCAACGUUCACGUUCACGUCAAGAACGUGAGCGUUGUGGCCUUUUUGGACGGAGCGUACGGGUACGACUACAGUUAUGACUACGAAGAUCCAGAGGAAUUGACGCCAAGUGAACCACAGAAACCGUCAACGGCAACUAACACGUCUCCCACGAGUACGACCGUCUUAUCGGAUCUGACAACCACAAGUGGGCCGGAGGGAAGCGACCAGAAGCCCGUUGGAAGUUCGCGACGCUGCAGGCCUGGGUCCUGGAGGGACAACAACGGACGGUGCAGGAUCAACAAGAAGCCCAACGGCUACGCACUGCAGAACUUACCGUUUCUUAUGCGUCUAUUGGCACGGCCGGGGGCGAGCCUCACAACAAACCAAAAACACUCCCUAACACAAGACAGGCGCACACCGUUUCGAAAGAAAUGAGCAGACAUUACAGGGUAAGCGUAAUGCCUGUAAGCAGUUGCUUCGGGGGAAUAACUGAACAGCGACCUCAACACACGAGGAAUGUUUCCCUGAAAGAAGACUCCAGUUGGGUUGAAGGUGAAGACAUGAUGUCGGAAACGUCAAGUCCCACCCAAAAUGUGUUCUGUCAGACGGAAUCUUCAGAAGGAAAUUUGUUUUUGUUAACUGGUGUUUUUAUAAAUAAAUAAAUUUUCAAUUCUUA